AUGGAAGACGAGGUGGCUGCUCUUGUCAUUGACAAUGGUUCGGGUAUGUGCAAGGCCGGUUUCGCCGGUGACGAUGCGCCCCGUGCUGUGUUCCCCUCGAUUGUCGGUCGUCCCCGCCACACAGGUGUGAUGGUCGGAAUGGGUCAGAAGGACUCGUACGUCGGUGAUGAGGCCCAGUCAAAGCGUGGUAUCCUCACGCUGAAGUACCCAAUUGAACAUGGUAUUGUGACGAACUGGGAUGACAUGGAGAAGAUCUGGCACCACACGUUCUACAAUGAACUCCGUGUAGCACCAGAAGAACACCCUGUGCUGCUCACUGAAGCUCCUUUGAACCCGAAGGCCAACCGUGAGAAGAUGACGCAAAUCAUGUUCGAAACGUUCAACGCGCCAGCCUUCUACGUGGCUAUUCAGGCUGUUCUCUCCUUGUACGCCUCUGGUCGUACGACAGGUAUUGUGCUGGACUCGGGUGACGGUGUUACGCACACUGUGCCUAUUUACGAGGGUUAUUCGAUGCCUCAUGCUAUUCUCCGUCUUGACUUGGCCGGUCGUGACCUGACGGAGCAUCUUGUCAAGAUCCUCAUGGAGCGUGGUUACCCAUUCACGACGACCGCCGAGCGCGAGAUUGUUCGUGACAUCAAGGAGAAGCUCUGCUAUGUUGCUCUGGACUUUGAGCAGGAAAUGCUCACAGCCGCCCAGAGCUCGGCUCUCGAAAAGAGCUACGAGCUGCCCGACGGUCAGGUUAUUACUAUUGGCAAUGAGCGUUUCCGUUGCCCUGAGGCACUCUUCCAACCCUCGUUCUUGGGUCUCGAAGCGGCUGGUAUUCACGAGACCACUUACAACUCGAUCAUGAAGUGUGACCUGGAUAUCCGUAAGGACCUGUACGGCAACAUUGUCAUGUCUGGUGGUUCAACGAUGUACCCGGGUAUCUCGGACCGUAUGCAGAAGGAGAUCACGGCUCUUGCUCCUAGCAGCAUGAAGGUCAAGAUCGUCGCCCCUCCAGAGCGUAAGUACUCUGUCUGGAUUGGUGGUUCGAUUCUUGCUUCCCUGUCCACAUUCCAGCAGAUGUGGAUUUCAAAGCAGGAGUACGACGAAGCUGGUCCCUCGAUCGUGCACAGGAAGUGUUUCUAA